CCGAUGAGGUUUUCAAUAAUGCAUCAUGUAAGAAAACGAUCGAUUUUAAUAUUAGAUUAGUUUAUUAAAGUCAAUAUUAACACAGUCAGGUUGUUAAAGUUGUGAAGGACGUAAAUAUAUGCAUAGUACAUGUAUGUUUUCAAUGAGGGUUACAUUACUUUAACAUGGAUUCGUCUGGAAAAAAGAAAGACGAAAGUGAAGACAAGUUAAAUUCAGCAGCUGAGGCAAAUGCACAAUUGUAUUGUGAAUCAUGUAACAAAGAUGGUAUACGAUUAACUCCACAAGGCUACUGCCAGAACUGUAUGGAACGUGAUAACUGUUAUAAGACACACAGAGAACCAUCUCCUAAUGCUGAAACAGAUGAACUGGAAAGAGGUGACAUGGUAGGCCGUUGCAAAGGUUUACGAACAGAUGGAGGUUGUUUUGAAAUUCUUACAAUAAAGUAUUCAGAAGAUAUAGACGUCCAAAUUCCGUCGGAUAAAUACGAUUGCAGUAUUCCGGGAGCAACGGUUAUUGCUAAGGAUAUUGUUUCCUUGUGUGAUUUCAGUAAUAGUUCUGUCAAAAUAGUUGAUACACAGCUAAAGAAAACAAUUUCUGAGAAAGCAUUACCUGAUUGUCCAGAUAAUUUGGCAUUACUUCCAAAUGAUAUACUUGCAGUCACUCUGUCUGAUAUGAAAACAAUAGCGUUCCUAUCCAUACCUACAGAACUGACUGAAGUCCGGCGUCUGGAAGUAGACGGAAAUUGUAAGGAUUUAGUUUAUCAUGACAAUAAAUUAAUUGUUGCAUUCGAGUGGCCUGGUAAAGUUCAGAUCAUGGACUUAGAUGGUCACGUAUAUAAGUCCGUAGAAAAAGAUUUCUAUGGUAACGAAUUAAAAUCUCCAUAUGUUACGCAUGGUGCCAAGAAGAACAUCUAUAUCUCAGACAGUAUCAAAUCAACAAUCACAAGUAUGAAUCUGAAUGGAGAAAUAUUGAAGGGGUACAAAGAUGAACGCCUCGUUGAACCUUGUGGCAUGGUUGUUCUUGAUGACGGCUCGAUAUUGGUGUGUAGCAGUGGAAAUAACAAAAUUCUUUUGAUAUCAGAAAAUCUUGAAACAACAAGAGUGAUACUUGAAGAAAAGGACGGACUGUACUGCCCUUGGUCUUUGACUUUAGAUAGAGAACAGAACAAACUCUAUGUUGGAAGUGGUAAAAAGUGUAAUUUUCUUAACGUGUAUGAUGUUUAUGCUGAGGCGAUUGUUUGAACUAUUAAACAACCGUACCAUAACCACUAGUAUAGUUAAUGUAAGCAAGGUUCCAGACUAGCAUGAACAGUUACCGAUAACACAAUAAAAUCGAACAAUAACAUACAGAACAUAUUUUUGAUUUGUGACUUCAGUGUUGAAUUUUUCAGGUCAUGUAUAUAUGGCCGGGUUUAAAAAAUACAAAAUUGUACUGGUUCGCCUUUAAACUACAAUGCCGUUAACAUAAAGACAAGGAUGAAAAAAUAAAAAGAAAACACUAAAGUAGUUUGAAUAAAGAGGGCAUGAUUCAAAAUUAUCAAACUGGAACUUUUAAUGAGAGAUAUAUGUCUUAAGGUAUUAGAUGCCUAAUGCAGUAUCUCCUUUCUGAAGAGUAUUCAUUUUCAGUGAGGAGACGGCGUGGGUUCAAACCGCAGAAGAUGCAACAUUUUUUUCUCUUCUUCUUCUUUUUGUUUUGUCAAAUUAUGAUUAUCUUUCAUAUUUUAUAUCUAAAAAUUGUAAUUAAACAAAUUUGAUGUAUAUUUUUACUGUGAAAAGUGUGAAAUUGGAUAGCAUAACUAAUUAAAAUGAUUAUAAU